UUAGGAUUGACUCAUAUUGAUUCUGUUACAAUAAACUUCUGUUGUGAGCACGCAAGAUUGACGAAAGGAUCAAAUCAUAUGCCUUUUGUAUGUAAUCUUUACUUUGCAUUUUGUUUCACAACUUGUACUCGUGAUCUUCUUGUCGCUUAGAACCAACUCUUUUCAUUAUGGGUAUAUAGGUUCUUCUUCUAUAACUUAUACGAGAAUUUAUGGGAUGGGAUAAUAUGUCUAGUUCUCAAUAGCUAAAUCAUAGUACUGUCUAAGAAUAUGUACGUUUUCCUUGGAGGCUCAGACAAUUAACUAAUUACCAUAAUGUAAGUCUUCUUAAUCACAUUCAAUUCUACUAUGCUUAUGGCGUUUUCAUUUUGUAAAUGUGAUAUUAAUUACAUUCAUUAACAAUGUAUGUUACCUUACCACUAAUCUAUACUAUUUAAAUCAUCCUAAACAUUACAGAUUAUUCAUCCAAGUGCUAAUUAGCUCUUCUCUCAGGCUACUUCAGCUCAAAACACAUACGAGAGAAAGAGUCAGUGUUAGCAGCAAAUACGAAGAUGAGUAGCAGGUUGAUUUUUUUGUUUGCCGUGUGUGUUCUCGUGCAAGCGACAUAUGCAAGGAAGCUUCUUCAGUUUCCAUCCAUGGACAUCCCCGGCAUUGGCGGACUUGACAAAAUUAUGGGAGGUAUUGUAGGCGGUGGUGGUGGAGGUGGAGGCGGAGGCGGAGGAGGAGAGAAUGGUGGAUCUGGUGGAGGGAUGGGAGGUGGCUUUGGUAAUGGAUCAGGUAGCGAUGGAGGUGGUGGAGGCGGAGGUGGUGGUGGCGGAGGAGGAGGAGAGAAUGGUGGAUCUGGUGGAGGGAUGGGAGGAGGCUUUGGUAAUGGAUCAGGUAGCGAUGGAGGUGGUGGAGGCGGUGGAGGUGGUGGCGGAGGAGGCGGUGAGAAUGGUGGAUCUGGUUGGGGAUUUGGAGGUGGCUAUGGUAGAGGAUCAGGCAACGAAGGAGGCGGCGGUGGUGGUGGCGGCGGCGGAGGAGGAGGAAGUGCAGAUGGUGGAUCUGGCUGGGGAAUAGGAGGUGGCUAUGGUAAUGGAUCAGGUAGCAAUGGAGGCAGCGGAGGUGGCGGUGGUGGUGGCGGAGGAGGAGGUGAAAAUGGCGGUAGUGGUUUUGGUGUCGGAGCAGGUGAAGGCCAUGGAGUUAUGGCGGUAAUUGAUCCAGUUGAAGUUUAAAAUAAAGCCUCUUUAUACGGCUUUGGUGAUCACCAGAUUUUCCUCAAUUUUUUAGAAAGAAAGACAAUUGUCAUUAAACCAUAUUCUUUCAUGAACCCUUUUUCACUAAAUAAAUGGUGUGAUUCAUAAUUUUGUGAAUUUUGAGCUUAAGAGUUGUUCUUAAAGUUAUGCAUUGAGUACUCUUCAUUUGA